UAUACAAUACCUCUAUCUAGAUCUAGAAUUAUUGUCUGCAACAAGGUUUCUGCUAAUAUUUAUCCACAUAGACUGGAAUCUAGAUCUAGUCGUAGUGUCAACAAGAAGAGAUAAAAGAAUCAUGGCCAACAAACUUAGGGCAAUUUUAUUUCUUGGAUCGACGAGAGAAGGACGCUUUGGGUUACGAGUAGCGAAAUUUAUGCAGAAACAGCUUGAAAAUAAACAUUUCAAUGUUGACGUUUUCGAUCCUUUACAUUUGAAAUUUCCACUUCUGGAAAGAACCAUUUACUCUUAUGAAGACAGGAGUAAAUUACCAAAGUGGAUGGUGGAAUGUGAUGACAAGGUCAAGGCUGCUGACGCCUUUGUGGUGUUAUCCACUGAGUACAACCACAGUAUUCCUCCUGCCCUGAGUAAUAUGUUAGAUCAUUUUGCAGCCAGUCAUUUUGCUUACAAACCAAGUGCAAUAGUUUCUUAUUCUUAUGGAAUCUACGGAGGUAUGAGAGCAGCCAUGCAGCUGAGAUCUUUUCUAAGUGAGCUAGGCACACCCAGCGUCUCCAAUAUUUUUGGCAUCCCAGAAGUCCACAAAGCCCUUGACGAGAGCGGCCAACCUUUAAAUGAACACAUGGUCCCCGGGGCUGAGUUGAUAAUCAAACAAUUAGACUGGAUGGCCAGAGCCAUGAAGAAUCACAGAGAUGCCUAUGGUAUACCAAAAUAAAACUCUAGCUACAUCCUAAGUCAAAACAUGUGUUCAAUUCUCCACAGCAGGCCUAGAAAGUGCUGAUGUUUCAUAAAUCAUACAAGUUCUCCACAAUGUUUUUUUGUACUACUUCUAAUGUAUGAAUUCCUUUAAUAAUGUUUAGAAACUGGAUGUUAUUGUAUAUGAAUGUUUUAAGCUUAAGAAAGGUGCUUUGAUAUUCCUUCCUUUUAUGUCAUCUACCUCGUCCCUGUACAACUAGCCCUCAUGUAUAGCAUGACCUUCCAUCAUGUUUUUCAGAUAUCCACUUAACAACAAAUGUACCUUUGUGAUUCUUUGCCUCUCUAUACAAUGUUCAUUUGACCUGCAAUUGAGAAGAAAAAAAUAUCUUGGCAAAACAGUUUAAAAAAAAAAAUUGUUAGGAAAUAAUAUUUGAAUACACCUGCUGUGACAUACUAAGAAUGUUGACUGAACAUUUUUCCCCUCUUUCUAGAUUCAAUAUUUUUGUAUGCAAUUAUUAUUUAUGUACUUUUUGCUUCAUCAAAAAAUGCACAUACAUUGAUUUGUAUAAUCUGAACUAUAAGUUUCAACCCCUCUUUGCCCCAGUCACCAUCAGCUUUAGUUCUUCCCUCUUCAUGUGGAUAUUACAAAUGGAUGAUGUUUAAUAAUUUAAAUACACAAUGGACCUCAUUCACCAAUC